AUGAGCACUACUAGAACAUCAGAACCAGUUAGAUUGGAUCUUAGGCCAGAGACGUCUAGAUCUUAUGAAGUCGGCACAAGAGGUGCCCACAACCUUGCGCAUGGUUUAAGUCACCCUUUUACUUUACCAAAGUUUCAAGAUAAAACUGAAGAAAGAAAAUGGAUCAAACAGCAUGUUGCAGGUGCAUUUAGGGUAUUUGCUAGAAAAGGUUAUACUGAAGGCUCAGCUGGACAUAUCUCAGUAAGGGAUCCUAUUGAUCAAAAUACUUUUUGGAUUAACCCGCUCGCCAAACAUUUCGGGUUAAUAAAGGCUAGCGACCUUGUACACGUAGAUGAAAAAGGAAACAUAUUGCCAGAUGGUAACCAAGCAGCUGUCAACUCGGCUGGCUUUGCUAUUCAUUCAGCCUUACAUAAGGCACGUCCUGAUGUCAAUGCCGCUUGUCAUGCCCAUUCUGUACAUGGGAAAGCAUAUUCUGCGUUAGGGAAGCCGCUUGACAUGAUAAACCAGGACGUGUGUAUUUUCUACAAGAGCCAUGCCGUCUAUGAGGAUUUUGGGGGUGUAGCAAUUGAGGCUGAAGAGGGCCGCCAAAUUGCCAAAGCCAUUGGAAACGGAAAAGGUGCAAUAUUACAAAACCACGGAUUGAUUACCGUAGGUAGUACUGUUGACGAAGCUGCUUACUUGUUCACACUACUUGAAAGAAGCUGCGAGGUCCAAUUAAUGGCAAAUGCAGCUUUGAGAGAGGGCGAGUCAUUAAAGAUUGUUGGAGAUGAAGAAGCCGCUUAUACUGAACAUCAGACUGGCGAUCCUGAAUCUCUUUAUGCUGAGUUCCAGCCAGAUUUGGAAAUGGAACUUUACUUGAAUGAUAAUUUUAUGUUGUAG